AUGCUAAGUCAGCCUAGACUAAAACGGGCCAAGUUAGCGAGUCUUCCCGGCAAGGAAGGUUACCCGGGUGCCAAGACUUUUUCCUGGGCGCGAAUACACACAACAAUAUUCACCCAUCGCCAAAUUCGGUGCACGAGAAAGAAGGGCUCAGUUCAACCAUCACCAACAAACCACCCUCCACCUCCCUCCACGAAGUCACCCGUUUUUCUCCUAGACGCCAUGGCUGCUACCGCCCGUCCUAACGUGUCCGACGACCUCGUCUGGGGUAUUGCCCGAACCCAGAAUGCCUACUUGGUUAAGCGAUCGACCGGUGGUGGUGCACAGUUUUCUCGUGACCCAUUGAACUUGAUCAACAAGCACUCGAGAAAGGCUAUCGGCGUCCAGGCUGGUGAGAACGGCGGUGUUGCUGUCACCACCAAGAAGGCCGCCAACACCUUCAAGCCCGCCUCCAACACUGUCACUGCCAACCACGGAUCCGGCUCCGCCAACCGCAAGGUAUACAAGGGUGUUGCCAACCGAGCUGUGACCGGCGGAUACCGAGCGGACCUCCGCCCUGAGGCCGUUCUCCGUGCCAGUGCUAUCCGAAAAUCCCAACGACCAAAGAAAGACAGCCCUGAGAAGAAGCUCAGAGGCGCCAAGGCCCGAAAGGCCGCUGAGAAGGAUGCUUAG